AUGCCACCUUUGCCUCGCAACGGAUCAAAUACUGCAACACCAACUAUGGCCACAUUUCCAUCUGGUGCUAUUAUGGGGGAAAAUUCUGGUUACCACCCUAAUUCUCCGCCUCAAUCUUAUCCAGGUUCGCCCGAGCAAUCAACGCGUAGUAGCACAAGCACAACUCAUUCUAAUCCCACAAGUAUAUGGCAACGACGAAGUGUAGAACAUCCUUCACCUCUUGCAGAUACUAUUGCUAAGUUUAUGUUGACCGAAGAUGAUGAAUACAUGGCACCACCUCCAAUAAUGCAACGUGCACAUUCUCACAGUGCAGCUGCUGGUCAAACUUUUCAGCAAACUGUCGGAACUUUGCCCUCAACAUUACAAUCGAAUACGAUACAGCCUAAUUUGGUUCAGCCUAAUUCAACACAGCCUAAUCCAACACAGCUUCCUACAGUAGUGAAUCGGAUGCGGUCUCAAAGUAGCCCGAAUAUUCAGGCUAUUCAAGAAUGGGAAGGUACGGAAACUUUACCGGACCUUCCUAAUUCUACAAAUGUAGUUCGAACAAUUGCUAGCAAUGUAUUCCAUUCCACUGGCACGCAACAACGAGAUAGUGGAUCAAGCACAUCUUCACGAACGUCUGUACAAUCGGCACCUAACGCGCCAAUCAACAGUGCACCUACCAACAAUGCACCUACCAACAGUGCACCUUCACCUCCAAACGGCCAUACAAAUGGUCAUCAACAUUCAUUAUCUAAUUUCUCUACUACCAUGAAGAUUAAGGUUAACUAUGCAGAUGAUAUUUUUGUAAUAGUAGUUCCACAAGACAUCGAAUACAGAGAAUUAUGUGAUCGUGUAGAACGUAAAAUACGUCUAUGUUCUACGAGGCGUGAUGAAAGUAUUCCCAUUCGUAUCAAGUACCAGGAUGAGGACAGCGAUUACAUUACAAUUAAUUCCGACGAAGAUGUCUUGAUGGCAUUUGAAGGUCGUCUCGCUGCAGGAGGGAAUUUCGUUAAUCUAUACGUUAGCUGA